UUGAAUCUUAUUUAAAAAGGUCUGUUAAAAUAAAUGUGGAAUCAGUUUGGUAGAAGCUGGAUACUACCAGCUUCUGAAAAUCAACUCCCGAUUUUAUGGAAUUCAAUUCCUAAAAUAUCAUUAUUACCUCUCGCAUCACUUACGCAACCCAAAUCAACGAUCCGCCCUAGGGCUACUCUUCUCCAACCAUCCUCUGUGCGAUGACUCCUUGAGGCCGGUCGGCGCUUGGCUUCUCCAGCGAGCGAUUUUCCGGCGAGAGCUUCUCCGUACAUCAUCUUUUGGCGACGCAAGCUUUUGAGGAUCCUGAAGGUGUCAAGCUCAAAAGGCAAGAAUCUAGAAAUCUAUCAAGUUUACUAUGAACAUUUGUUUAGAGAUAGAGUUGCAAAUGGUGAAAAUGCUAGGGAUACAAAUUAUUACACUGUUGGUGUUGAAAACAAUGCUCAAUCAUUUCAAGAAGAAGAUGAUUAACCAGAAAAUGAAGAGUCUGUCUCUUUAACUUUCCCACCUUAGUUAUCAUAAAAGACAUUCAAGUUUUAACUCUUCUCAAGCAAAAAAGGGUAAAUCUUCUGCAGCCUCUAAGUUUGAAGACAAGAUAGACAAAGUAAUUGAGAUAAUGAGAUCAAGAAGCUUAGUUACCUCUGCACCACCGAUAAGUAAUAUACCAUCACUUGAAGAAUGUGUUGCUAUGAUUAGUGAAUUUCCAUGUUAUGAACCUGGUACACUAGCAUAUUGUGAUGUCAUCUAAUUGUUCUGCAAGAAUGAAGCGAGACAAAGUAUAAUGCUUCCACCUACUUUGGAGACAAAGAAAGUACUCCUUGAUAGUCUGAUAAAAAUCUGAAAGAGUGAGGGUGUUUUAUUGUUUUAAUGGUUGUCUUGAAUUGAAGAUUCUGUUAUUUUAUAAGCAUGUUGAGAACAAUGUUUAAGUACGUUGUAGUUAUGUUGCCUAAGUAUGUUAUUUCCUGUGGGCUUUUGAGGAGCGGGAGAAAUUGUUGGAAUUCUAUGAAAGAGUCUCGGGAGCCCGGAUGCAUGCCAGUUUCAUACGACCAGAUUUACUUUUUCUUUUUCACAAUGGGUAAGUGGAAAAUCAGCUCUAGCAACGAGGAAGAAUCUGACAAUGAAACUAAGGAGAGUGAUAAUCAUGAAACUGAUAUAUUGUGUGGUAUUGUUGUCUCUGUCAUAUUAUUUGGGCAUAGCUUGCAUGGACAAAGGCGGCUUCCUUAUCGUACAUCUGUUUGUUCAAGAGCUAUGUUUAUCACAGAAGUUUUACAAGGUCAUAUUAUUCGAUGUUAUCAAGACUUUAGGCUACACAAAGAAGUAUUUAUUAGUGUAUGUGAGGAUCUUAAGUGUCAUUACGGUUUUGUUGAAUCAAGAGAACUAUCCAUUGAAGAAUCCUUGGGUAUUUUCUUGAUGACAUUGGCUCAUGGUGUGGGAAAUAGGUUGGUUCAAGAGACUUUUAAAUAUUCCGGUGAGACAAUACACAGACAUUUUCACUUGAUUCUUUAAGUCGUGUGUAGACUUUCAAUGGACAUGAUUCGACCCAACACUAGCUACAAUGAAGAAUAUCCAUCUCAUAUACGUUGCAACUCACGAUAUUGGCCAUAUUUCAAGGUGAGUACUAUAUUAUUUAGUCAUCCAAGGGUCCGGCCUUCACAGCACCUGACAACUGAGCGAAGGUAUGAUCCUUUAUUCUCUGGUAAGCAGGCACAACGAUGUAGCUAUGUACUUGGAGACAAAUCUGAUAGAUGGGCAAGGGUUUCAUAUACUGGAUAUCGUGCUCAAUUUUCCCAACCACGAUGGUUGUGGAAGUCCUCACACCAGCGACGUGGGAGCUUGGGCGUUUCAGAGAGUAAGAGGCAACGGUGCAUGACAGAUGCUGGCCGGGGUAACUCUCCAUCUUCUCGAUCAGCAGACUUGGACAAAGAUGAUUUUGAGGUUCUCAUUAAAAGUAAAACUUUUCGAUUUAAAGUUAUUAAUCGCGCUGGUGUUCGUAUUUCUGAAAUGAAGCAUGGUAUUACAUCUGUCAUAGAUCUUGAUUUCGCAAGGGUUACUCGGUUAAAAGAUUCCGUUCCCAAGAUUUUCAAUCGCGAUAAAUUUUACACUAGAUUGGAGCU